AAAGGACUGCACCACAAUCGUCAUAGCCUACGUAUGUUGUUUAUGUUUAUGUUUAGCAAUGUUUAUUUUGUCUAUCGUGCACUCUAAACCCCGUCUAACCGCUUGUGUCUCUAUUUCACAUGGCGCAUCUUUGUCUUGCAUCAUCCCGUCACAAUGACGCAAUGACGUACUGCAGAUUGGACACACGUGGACCUCAAAUCGACCAUGUGACACUGAUGGUUCCGCCCAGACGAACUUCAGGCUAUGUUGACAUCCCGGUAUCUCCUUUUUGCUUUUUCCGUUGGCUAUUCUGCAGCUUCAACAGUACGCGGUCCCUUUCGGUACACGGUGUGUCUGGCUGGGCCCGGGAUGGAUGUGCGCAGAUUGGACCGCCCUGCAGCCUGACGAGUGACCUGGGGCGAACCCGGCCAGGCUCGGAGACGUCCACUUCGGGGACACAGCUCGGUGCAAGAUGAUGUCGCUCAUCGAUCUGGACGAUGAGCAGCGGUGGGUGCCCACGCACGUCAAUGUCACGGUGCUUCGGGCGAGGGGGCUGCGGACCAAGAGUAAGCACGGCAGCCGCUACCUGUACGCGGUGGUCCAGGUGGGCAAGGACAAGUACACUACGGGCCUGGUGGACAAGGCCGAGGUGCCCGAGUGGGGCGAGGAGUGCUGCUUCGAGCUCCUCCCUGGCAUCCUGGAGGAGGGCGGAUGCGGCCGCAGCGCCUACCCGCCCGGCAGCGCCGACCUGAUCCUGACCGUCAUGCACCGGGUCCUGAUUGGACUGGACGUGUUUCUGGGUCAGACAGUCAUCCCGCUGGAUCGCAUGUUCCAGGAUGGGAUGUGUCCGAGAGACGAGUGGUUCAAGCUCCACUCCAAAGCAGGACGGAAGGAAAAGGAACGUGGCGAAUUGCAGCUGACGGUCCAGUUCACUCGCAACAACAUGACGGCUAGCAUGUUUGACCUGACCGCCAAGGACGAGCAACGCUCCGCUUUCGGCAAGCUCAAAGAUCGCGUUACGGGGAGGAAACGCCCCGAUGUGGAGUCGUCGUCUGCCAUCCUGCCGGGCCGCUACGCCGCCCUCUCUGCAUCCACCGGUCCACAGUCAUCGGGGGAUGAAAGCGCAGGCGCGGCCCUCAGGCGAGAUAACGCAGAGAUAGCUGAAGAAAAGAGAAGCAAGAUGAAAGAUUUCUUCACGGCUAGGUUACGGAAGUCAUCCAACACCAGGUCGUGCUCCUCACUGGCCUCAGAGAUCAGCACCUCUUCCAUAGGCAGCGACACCCUUAGCCCUCCGCCCUCUCUCGGCCUGCUCUCAGAUCUCCCCAGCUCGCCUAUCUACACCACCGUACCAAGAGUGGACGCCCACUAUGGAGAGCAGGACCUGACAAAAUCAGUGCUCACGUCUCAGCAAGCCACCAAGAUUCUGACCCACAAGAGAGCCUACAGCGAUGAAGCUAGCAAGAUCAUAACGUCUGCCCCGAAGGCAAAUCCUACUGUGGAGUCUCUCAAAGGUCAAAGCAUGACUCAGUCCAAGUCUUCCUUGUGUAUUAACGGCAGUCACGUGUACGACUCUGAGCCGUCGAGUCCAAAGAACGCCGGAGCCCUUCCGUCCAAGUUGGUCUUGUUGGAAAAUUCCUCCUCACUGUCCCGUUCCCUCCAGAACCUCACCAAGCGAAGCGAUAGCAAGGGUGUCGUCGGCGAAGGUAGACGCUGGUCCUUUGACAGGAAGAAAGAAGAAAAGGACGAGGACAAGGACGCUCGACCAGCUGAGAUAGAAGCUCCUCCUCUGCAGGCAGAAGCACCAAUCCUCCCCUCUGCUGCCGAUUCCGCCGACAAAGGGUGGAAGCUAAAAAAGACCUUAUUCUCUGGAGGGAGGAGUGAUUCUCUCCCUGCUAAAUCCGAUGCCAACCAGGCCGGAUCAACCUCCGAAGGGAGGCUCAGAGGCUGGUUCGGCUCCUCGGAAUCCCAGAACAAGCCAAGGCUGGAAGUUUCUCCCAAAGUAGAAAACACCUCAGCUAUAUCCCCUCCUUCCUCACUCCCCGACUCCCAUGCUGGGGGUCACUGCUCACCCAUUAAUGAGAGUCACACCCAUCCCAUGACCCCUCCAUCGACCCCAAUCUCCCCUUCCAACCCUUUCUUUGAGGAGCUGCAGAGGUCUCCCCCUUUUGCACCGGGCUCCUCACCCUCCCUUCACACCUUCCAGCCCUCUGGCAACGCCACUCCCAGUUCCACUCAAGGUGCUAACAACAUGGCCUCCAUCAAACGGGAGCGCCCCAGGCCUGUCACCAGGCAGAUAUCGCUGCCUGAGUUUUUACCCAAAGCGGCACAGAAACCCUCCAUGUUUGAGAGCACACGGAAAUGGGAAGACUCGUUUGACACGUUUGCCUCAAGCAGGCUCAACUCACCUAAAGGCAAUCUGACUCUGACGUAUCGGGGAACCCCUGCCCAGACGCGGCAGGAGGCGCCUCCGCCUUUACCGCCAAGGAGACCGCUAAGACCUCCAGUGAAUGAGAUCUACUCUGAUGGCUGGCUCCACAGAGGCCAAGAGCUGGCGGUCCAGAAAGAAGCCUGCUUGCUCUCCCAGACGGGAGUGGCUUCCCUGCAACACGGGAGAGAGGCGGAGUCCAAGAUGCUUCAGCCGAGUGUUUCAGACGUUCAACGUCACAGGAUCAUCCCUUCAUCAGGAUUCAGACCCGAAGAGAGACUUCAGAAGUUCAAGUACGAACCCUUGGAAGACAACAGUGACUUCUGGGGGGGUAUGCUCUUUGAGCAAGAUUUAUACGGGCGACUUUGCACGGGAAACGUGAGCCAGCCCGCUUUCCCCGCUUGUAACAACGCAGGACGUAGGAAUCUUCUAGCUUGGGAGAUGUCCGUGGAUGAACUUUUGAGGAAGUCGUCUAAUGUUCUCCCAAAGACUCCCCCUCCGGUAGAGCCGUUGGAGUCUUCCAGUAUGAGUCAAACCGUAUGCAUGAAUAACAAUGUGACUUGCUCACCAAACUUAAGUGAUCACAACAUGAAUGUGAAUAAUUCCGAUAUCAGCUUUAUUGAUUCCGAUGGAUCUUCUCAGUCGGAGGUAGUUGAUGACGCCAAAGGUCUAAGCACCUUAAGCAGGACCGGUCCACAAGUGUCUCAAGAUGACACCAGAACACCCAAAAGGAAGUUGCCUUCAGAAGGAACCGAAGCAUCCAUCACAGCCUGCGAAGUCUCCACAGUUUACCAGAAGACAAACAACGGCGAAACGCAGGAGCAUCUCGUGAGGAACCAACCUGAUUUGGAAAGUGAUUCCAGUGACGAUAAAAAAGAGCAGAUCGAAAACGGCUGUGAUGAUAACGGCAACCCUCAAGUGGAAACGGACGUGUCUCCGCGGGUGGUCAGUGCACGCGUUAGACCAAAAGGAGGGUCAAGAGGGAACAGCAGAACUGAUCUUGGUCCGCUUUCUUGUCUGGUCAAGGAAGGUCCAUCUUCAUAUCAACCCAUGAAAGCAUCUCUGUCCUCCAAUGUGGAAUUAGAUAGUUUGAAUAAAACGCCUCAAAUAUCUUCAAGCAGUGAAUUUUUAUCAGGGGACUUUGGGAAUGGAAAACCUUCUGAGAUGGCUUUUGAAGUCCUUCACGCCAGGGUAGCCCCUCAUUUGAGAAGCCCUCCAAAAACCGGGCAGGCUUCUUCUCCCCCCUUAUUGGCUCAUGCACCUGCACACUUCCCCCCGCCCCCUGCCUGCUGCCCCUCCAUACGUCCCUUAGGCACUGGGCCACAUAGCGCUGGGGUCAGCAGGUCUCUGAGCGUUGCCCCCUACACUUCCUCCACCGCCGAGCAGCCCCGGUUCAAUGCACUGACCUCACUUUUACCUGAGGAGACUCGGCCAGCUUGCAACCUGCCCCUGCACCAGGAGAGCAGAUCCCACCCUGUGAAGCCUCUGAGUCAGUCAGAGAAGAAGGAGAGUCGUUCAGUUCUGGAGAAACUGAAGUCCACCAUCAGUCCGGGACGCAGUGCCCAGCAGGUGGCGGCCGAGCCGGAGAAAAUCCAGGAGCCCACAGAGGACCGCUGUGCCUUGUACCAGCACCUGACCAACAUGGAGCUCAUCUCCUUGCUGCUGCAGCAGGACAUGGACUUGCACAAGCAGCAGGCGGCGUCCGAGCGCCAGCAGGCUCAGCUGGAGAAGUGCGAGAGCGAGCUGAAGAAGGUCAAGGCGCAGGUCCGCGACUUGGAAGACUACAUCGACAACCUGCUGCUGCGCAUCAUGGAGCAGACGCCCACGCUGCUGCAGGUGCGCUCCAGACACAAGUGAGGGCGGCUGCCACCACGCCUCCUCUGUGAGGAUACAGAGACGGCGACCGAUACUGCCCCGUUGCGAUACCAUGACACAACAUGCAUGUCGCUAAAAACACCAUAAGAGAGAAAAGCUUCAAUGAAGCCGAUGCUUCUCCAUGCUUACUAGAAGUCGUGUAGGUCAGCUGCUGUCAGAACACAUUCAAAUGUAGCAAUUCAACUAGCAGUCAUGAUAUUUUAUGAUGAUGGAACAUUCAGAAUCAUAUAUUGAUGUAUGAAAUGUAAUCCAAAAUACUGACAGAUUAGAAAACAUAGUUUCAUCCCUGCAUACAUUAUAUAUUUAGAAAAAUGUGCACCUUUUGAACACUUCCUUGACUGCAGGAUGUUGUUAUAUUUUCACUCUACUGUAGUUAAGAUAAAAUAUGUCUUCCAAAGCGCUCCACCCAACCGCAGUGUUAAAUAAUAAUAUUAUUAAUAAUAAUAAUAAAGUGUGAACCUCACUGUGCAA